CGGCAGAGUAUUCCUAUGUCAUGGCUGCCUUCCGUUUGAGGCGUGCAGAUGCUGCGAAGACAACAAAUCGCUGCUAGCCAAAUGGUUGCCAAGAGCAAGAUCUCUGCCCACUUGACAUAGCUGAGUGCGAAGUUGAAAGACACACCUUUGCUUCUGACAAUGGCAGGCAGUAGUGGAGAAAAUCAGCUGCAGAGGAUUAUUCGAGAUUUGCAGGAUGCUGUGACUGAGCUGAACAAAGAAUUUACAGAAGCAGGAGAACCAAUCACAGAUGACUGUAUCAGUUUGCACAAAUUUUCCUACAAGCUUGAGUACCUUUUGCAGUUUGACCAGAAGGAAAAAUCUACUUUACUGGGCAACCGGAAAGACUAUUGGGAUUAUUUCUCUGACUGUCUGGCUAAGGUUAAAGGAGCAAAUGAUGGAAUUCGCUUUGUCAAGUCUAUUUCAGAACUCAGAACUUCCCUUGGUAAGGGCAGAGCAUUUCUCCGUUACUCCUUAGUACACCAAAGGCUUGCAGACACUUUGCAACAGUGUUUUAUGAAUACCAAAGUAACAAGUGAUUGGUAUUAUGCAAGAAGCCCCUUCCUCAACCCCAAAAUGAGUUCUGAUAUUGUCGGUCACCUCUACGAACUCACCGAGGUUCAGUUUGAUUUGGCGUCUAGAGGCUACGACCUAGAUUCAGCGUGGCCCACGUUUGCCAGGAGAACGUUAUCUUCGCUUGGCUCCUCAGCUUACCUGUGGAAGCCUCCAAGCCGUUCUUCAAGCAUGAGCAGUUUGGUGAGCAGCUAUUUGCAGACCCCAGAGCUCCCUUCCAGCCCCAAUGGGAAUAACUUCUUAAAUGCCGAACCCCUGGAGGGUCUGGACGAGUUGCACGUGGAGCUUGACCAGGCAGACCUGCGGCAGAAGGAACUUGAGGGUCAGAUCCAGCGUCUGGAAAAGGAGAACCAGGAACUUCAGGCCGCCGUCGGCUUCGAGAAACAGCAAGCGCAGGCAGAAAGGGAGAAGAGCAGUAGUUUCGGCCAGGAGAACGCCAGGCUCACGAAAAUGCUUGGGGGGCUGGAGAAGCAACGGGAGAUCUCCCACUGCACUCAGGACGCUGUCCAGGACCUGCAGAAAUGCUUGCAGGCAUUAGAACUGAAUGCUGCCGAGAAGCAAAAAGAAUACUCUGCAAAACUUGAGGAACUGGAGUCCCGGGAAAAAGACUCCGACUCGAAGCUCCGUCUCUUGAAUCAAGAGCUGGAGGCCACCAGGACUUCAACGGCCAUGAAGGACAACUGUAUCAGUGAGCUGACAGCCAAGCUGAAGUCGGCAGAGCAGAAGAAUGAGGAGCUCGCAGCCAAAGCGAAUGCUCUGGUGAAUGAAAAGGGCCAGCAAGCCACCAGUCAGUAUGAGUCUGCACUGAAGAUCGAGGAGUUACUAAAGAAGCUUAACAAAGCAGAACAGGACAGAGCUGAAGCUCAGAAGCUCAAUCGUGAACACCUUUCUCAGCUUCACAGCGUGGAAGAGCAACUCCAUAGGAAAGAGGAGCAGCAGAAAGAGCUUGAGUUGAGAUUGGAGAGGCUUUCCACCGGCUCCAAGGAAGAAUCUGAAAAACUGCACCUCCAACUGGAAACAGCGGCGACUGAAAAGUCUCUCCUUCAAAAGGAGCUAACAGCAACGGCGGCUGAUCUCCAAAUCCAGCUGAAAGACGCGAUGGAUUGUGUGAAAUCACUGAGGGGGAAACUAGAGGAGGAAAAAAAGGAGAAGGCGGCGCUUGAGGUGUCAUUCAGCUGUACAAAAGCAACAAUGGAACAAGAAGUCAAAAAUAUGACAGAGCAACUGGAGUUGCUGGAAAUUCAGCUGUUGAAGUUAAGCCAAACAGUGAAAAGCCUGGAAGAGCAAAAGAAAGAACUUAUUUCUGAAAGAAACCAUCUUGGAAAGACAAUAGAAAGAAUGGAGCAGGAGGCCACCCAACAGGGCUCUUCUUUGAGAAAUGUCUGUGAAGGAAAUGAGAAGCUCAAGUCCCAGAAUGCAAAGCUGCAGCGAACUAAUCAGAAGUUAGAAGCAAAGUGGAGAGAGUUAGAUACCUCUAAAUCGACUUUAGAAGCUGAGGUUGCCCGACUGAGAGCCUCUGAGAAGCAGCUCCAAAGUCAGAUAGACGAUGCUGUGGUGUCCGUGGAUGAAAGGGAGACAAAACUCCGGGGUCAGAACAAACUGUUGGAUGAGAACCUGCAGAUUGCCACACGGCGAAACCAAACUCUGGAAGGAAAACUCGAUGCAUUGCAGGCCGAGUGCCAAGAACUGAAACAAAGUGAUGAAGCUACCCAGCAGUCCUUAAGUGUACUUCAAGCAGAGCUCCAGAAUACCAAAGAGCAAGGCCUGCAAAUGGAAAAGGGCCUGUCCUCCUUAAGGCAGGCUGAAGGAUCUCUGAAGUUACAGAUCACAGAGAAAGAUGAGGCAUUACAAGGCCUGGAGAGCCAAUGCAAGCAACUGCAAGGACAAGCUGAAAGAUACCGGCAAAAAGCAGAAACCCUCGAGGCGGAGAAGGCAAAGGCUGAACAAACUUGCCUCCAUCAAACGAAAGUGAUUGAAUCCCUUACUUCUGAGAAGACUGCUGUGGAAAAAGUCCAGUUGGAACAGGCAGCCUGCCAGGAGAGAGACGCAAAAGAGCUGGCGUCAAGGUUGGCCCUUUCUGAGGAACAGCUGCAUCUCAACCAGGCCGAGGUAUCGAGGCUCCAGGUGGAGAUUAUAGACCUUCAAGCCAAGCUUCAGCAGGUGGUAGCGGAGAAGCAGAAGCUGCAAGGCAAACUGGAUGUCAGAGGGACUGUUCUAAGUGAGCAAAAGGCACUGACCCAGCAGCUGAAAGAGCAAAGUGAAACGCUCAACAGAAACCACGUGCAGGAAUUACUUCAGUGCAAAGAGCGGGAGGAAGUGCUGAAAACCGAGCGGGACCGGGAAGCCCAUCAGAAGGCUGAGCUGGAGAAGAGCUUGCUGUGCCUCACGGAUGAGUUGGCCAAGGCCAAGCAGUGUUUGGAAUCUGUUAACUUGGAAAACAUGGAAAUCAAAGACCUUCUCCACAGGACCAACACGGACACGGCCGAGCUUGGCAUUCAGAUCUGCGCUCUGACCUCUGAGAAGGCGGAAGCGGAAGGGAAGCUGUCUCAGGUCCUGGAGGAGCUCAGAGCUACCAAAGAAAUUGUGGCCAAGGAGCAAGAGGAGCUGCAGCAUGAUCUCUCGAGGCUCAGCCAGGAGAAACAAGGCCUGCAGGAGAAACUGGAGGAGUCUAAGGUUUGCGCCGCGGCUGUACCUGCCCUGCAAACUCAGCUGGUGGUGGCCGAGCGACAGGCCCAGAGCUUCCAAGAGACCAGCAAAGAGGAGCUGUCUGCAGUCAAAUUUCAACUGAGCACAGAAAUUAUAAACUAUCAAACAAAGCUUAAGGCUAUCGGUGGAGAAUGUGAAAAAUUAAAGCAGGAAGUGGAAGAGCAGAGCCGGCGAGCACAUGCUUCAGAAGAGGCGCUUAAAGAGAUGCAGGCAACGAAAAGAGACCUAUGUGCAGAAUUGGACCUUGCCAUGGAUCAGGUGACUGAGUACAAAGCAGCCCAGCAAAAAAAAGAUGAGGAAAUGGUGCAACUUAAAGAAGACCUAAAAAGGGUGCAAAAAGAAGUCAACAAAGCCAAUGAGCAAAUUCAGGACUACGGUGAUCAACUCAACAAAAUGAGAUCAGAUCGAGACAGCAAUGAGCGGAAGUUACUGGCUGAAUUAGAUGACUUAACUAGAACAAAGCAGUUCCUGGAAGAACGGUUAAUUGAACUUCUCAGGGACAAGGAUGCUCUUUGGCAGAAGUCGGAUGCGCUGGAAUUCCAGCAGAAGCUCACUGCAGAGCAAAGAUGGCUUGGCGAUGCAGAAGUCACCUGUUGCCUCGACUGCCAAAAAGAAUUUGGCUGGAUGAAUCGCCGACACCAUUGCAGAAUGUGCGGCCGCAUUUUCUGCUACUACUGCUGCAACAACUACGCCAUGUCGAAACAAACGGGCAAGAAGGAGCGCUGUUGUCGAGCUUGCUUUAAAAAAGCAAGCGUCAAUUCAGUGGACUCUGGAUCAAACACUAACCCAGAAGAACAGUUGUCAUCAAGUCUGCUCGCCUCACCGUUGUCCCUGAUCCAAAGAGUGAUGGUUACAAACGAGGCCUCUAAAACAACAGACGAUGCAGUGUUUGAUAUAAUCACAGAUGAGGAAGUGGUCCAAAUUCAGGAAACUGACCCUAUUCACAACAAAAGCCAAACUGAAGAAGAAUCUCUGGAUCACAGCAUGGGCGAUCUAAACAGCACACACAAUUCCUCAACAUUUGAAGAGUCCGACGACUUGCAAAUGGCCCAAGAUGCAGAGAUAUGUUUGCUGAAGUCAGGAGAACUAAUGCAAAAACUUCCCCUCACUGUGGAGGAGAUAUUAAAUUUUGGAGAAGCUAACAGAGAACUGUUCAUUAAGUCCAAUACGUACAGCGUUAUUCCCAUCACUGCGGAGGAAACUGGCCUUACAAUAAGUUGGGUGUUUUCAUCAGACCCAAAGAGCAUAUCGUUCAGCGUGGUGUACCAAGAAUCAGAGGAAGCCCCUCUUGAUCAGUGUAAAGUUCUUAUUCCUAUGACCCGCUGCAACUCUCAUAAGGAAACCAUACGAGGAAAGGUGAAAGUCAGAAAUGCUGGGAUCUACAUUCUUAUAUUCGACAACACUUUCUCCAGGUUUAUCUCAAAGAGAGUAUUUUUCCACUUAGCUGUUCAACGCCCAGUGAUCUACGAUGGAAGUGAUUUCCCAUAGCCUUGAAUAUAUGUAAUAUUUAUAUACUGUAUCUUUUCAAAUUAUAUUUUUAAGAGACACUAUUAUUUAUAUAUACAGGUGAGCACUACACUGACAAAUGUGUUUGAAGCUUUCUUGUGCAAUAAUUCUAAAACCAUGCUAACAUGUAGGUCUAUACAGAAAGGCACAUAACUAUCAUAGGAACACUAACAAUUCUGGACUGUGUGCCAAUUUUCCACAAGCCAUUUUGUUUAUUCAAAUAAACAAAAACAACUAUGCAAUGCUGUACCCAAUACAAACAUGGUUCACAAUCAAAGGGCUAAGAGACAAGAGAUUUGCUUUUGAUUUUAUAGGUUGGAAGUGUAUAUAACUAUUUUAAAGGGUUGUUGCUUCUGCUGUUUGUUUCUUUUUUAAAAAAAAAGUGCUGCAAAGGGGAUGGAAUUUGCAUUUGGUUCUGUGGAAUCAAAGUAUUUUAACAUGGAUGCAUUUAUUCUGGAUUUCUGCUUUACAUGCAGGAUAGCAGCAAUUAGAUAGAAGGCAAUUUGUGGAUGGUUGUCACACUAGAUUUUUGGCAAGGCGAUUGCUCACACCUAUGCAUUACUCAACCACUGUGUUGCUGUGUGAUCACAUAAUACACAUGGCAUGAAAUGCGCGCUAUGUCAGCUGCCUGUUUAAGCAGUUUGGGGGUGUUUAUAAAAGUCUGCUUACAUUGAUUUGUGCCUUGAUGCGGAAGCUGUCCUCCUUAUCUCCGGGUCCUUUGUAGUAAAGGAUAUUUCAGAACCUGAUUGGUGCUUGAAGCCUCAAGGCUCCAUGCAGAAGUAAAUUUCAUUGAUUUUAUUAGAUUUUAUUUCUACCCAGUGCAUUUAGAAUCGGGAUGUGCACAUAGCAGAGCCAAGUUUGGAAUUAGUAAAUGGAAGCAUUUAAUUUAAAAUGACAACGUAUGCACAAGGGCUUCUUUCCCCAAAAAUUCAUUCUAUCGUUCCAUAAUUUAGCAAAACCUAUCCAGUAAGAGAGAGUUUAUCAAAUGACCAUGAUAAUCAUAUUUGCAGAAUAAUUCUUGAAGCACUUAUUUUUAGAAUUUAGCACUGGCACAAUCUUUUGCUCUUAAAUGCUGUUAGGAAUAAAACAUGACUAGCUCCAGAACUGGCCAUGUUUGCAUGUCACUUUAAGCCAGGAAUCCUGGCUUAAUAAACCACAAUGUGCACAAGCAGUGUGCUGUUUUACACAGCCCAAUUGCUCCUCCUUUCACAAGAGCACUUAAACAAAACAGGAAGGAAUAGUUUUAUGUUAUAUCUGAAUCUGAGGUUAUGAUUAAAUGUGCCCAAGCAUGGCAGGAUUUGUAAGCCAAUUCUGGUUUAAAGCUGACUUAAGAUCCUGACUUGUUUUGGCACAUUUAACUGUAAAUCUUGGGUUCCGAAGGAACAUGAAGCUAUCCCUUCCUCGUUUAUUUACCCAUUCCUAUGAAGUGAGGAACAAAGCAGGAGCAAAUGCUGCUUGUUCACAUUGCAGUGUAAGCCACAAUUCUUGACUUAAAGUGCCAUGCAAACACAGCCAUGGUGUAGUGCUAUACACACAUGUCUGUCAUAGCCUAAUUCUAAGGCUAUGAAUGCUUCAGAUGAACAAACUGAUAGUUGCACCAGCAUUGCUAGUAAUUCCAGUGGUAAAAAUGUUUGAGAUUAUAGUGUUUGACAGCCGUAUUAAUAAAAAAUAUAAAAUUGUAGUGAUAUAAUAUGGAUGUAAGCACUUUUGCCUAAUAGCAAGAAUAGACUAUAGUGAAUUUCUGAGACAGCUUUUCCCUGGGCAUGAUAGGAGUUGCAGUCUGGAGGGCACCAGGUUGAGGAAGGAUUUUCUAAGAUAUCUGAGUAUAAAAAGCUGGUCAGACACAGAAGCACUGAAAUAACAAUCAAUGGAAUUUCAAGGUAUAAUUCUAGCUUCAAAAGCAGUUGCAACAUUCUAUCUUGGAACUAUAGUUGAAAUGCCUGGGUUUUGAACCGGAUCUUUCCUAACUAAACAUAUUUCGUGUCUAAAAAUGAAUAAAGUGAAAAUGUCUGAUCGCUUUUGAAAUAAGGCGAUUUUAAAAUUUGUAUUUUCAGGGAAACACAAAAUGCAUUCAUUCUAUUUUUGUAAGUAUGUGUGUAUGAAGUAAUGAAUACAAUUUUAUUGUUACAACCUUUGGUUACAGCAAGAUAUAGCAAAAAUUAACAAAGAAUGUGAUAAAAGUACAUUGCAAUAAGAGCAAUAAAAACACAUCAUUGAUAGUUCAAAGUCAAUAAAACUUACUUAUCACUCCUCAUAUACAGUAAUAAAUUGGGUCGAAGGUUACUUGCUAUAAGACCAAAGUCCAUCACAGCCAAUAAAGUUGCCUUAUUAUGUGAUAUAAACAAAAUAAAAAAAUGGUUUUCACCAAAUCAAAUGAAGCAUUUUUCCCUGUAAGGACAGGCUCUAAAAACUUCAUUUGAACAGUAGAGGAAAUAGGACAGUUAAACAGGUAAUGAAGAAAGUCUUCCACCAACCCACUGCCACAUGAGUGUUUCUCUCUCUCUCUCUCUCUCUCUCUCUCUCUCUCAAGAGAGAGUGUCACUUUUUAAAAUUUCUCUGACUGGAACAGUGGGUUGGAUCCAGAUUUAGUCAUACUAACAGUAGACCAUUGAAAUUAAUGGGGGAUGACUAACUUAAGUCCCACUGAUUUCAGCGAGUCCAUGAUCAUAGGAAUAGAGGCAUUCCCAUGGAGGAUAAUCAAUAUAGAUGAAAUUGUUAUUGCUCAAUGGUUGUCUUUAGGAACUUUGGACAUUUUCUCCCAAAGACUAUUCAGUGACAAGGUCAAUGUUGCUGUAAAAAUAAGGGAACUAUGGAUAUGCAAUCGGGGUUUUUUAAGAAGUGAGGAGAGGAUGCACUUAAUUAAGCAUUUUUAUGGUCUAGAUAAGACCCUUUGCAUCAUAACAGCCAGGAGAUUUUAGAUUGGGCUCUACUUGAGAUUGCCUGACAUAUCUGUUAAGUCUAGACUGAUCUUUUCCCUCCAUACUCAUACUUUAACCAAGUGUGAGAAAGACUCAAGUUGGUUUACUCUCUAGAACAAUCUUCCUCAACCUGGUGCCCUCCAGAGGUUUUGGACUUCAACUCCCAUCAGCGUGGCUAAAGGUCAAAAAUUCUGGGAGGUGUAGUCCAAAACAUCUGGAAGGCACUAGGUUGGGGGAAGGCUGCUGUAGAAGCAUUGAGUUACAAGACCAACAAAAGGUUUUAAAAGUUUUUUUCCCAAAAAAAGAAAAUAUUCUGGCAGUUCCUAAAACCAGUGAUUCAUGGUUGGAAGUAGAAAAAAGAUGCUCUAAUUCCUCGUAGCAAAAAGGUGCUAAAUGAUAUCAGGAAGGGAGGUUGUUCUAGCACAGAGCUGUAGUAACUCAACUCCUGCCAUCCCUAAUACCUUUUAGCAGGUGGAGCAUCCAGCACAAUGCCAGCUACCAUUUUGCUUCCCAUCCCCUCUGUGUACUUGUUCUAUCAGUGAAGGCUAUAUCACAUAAGGUUGGGGGCUUAUUAGUUGCAUGGUAUUGCUAUGUAAUACCUGUGCAGGUUUGGGUAUAUACCAGAUUUGGGCUCUGCUAGCACAGUGGGGAUUUGAGUGUGGUACUUCUACAAGGUACAGUAUCACCACCCCUUAUAGAGUGCCGGCGUAGUCCCAAACAGAUCUGUGGGUUGCGUGACACAGUUAAGAAGUAGAUAGCACAGAAGCAAUAUUACAUAAUUUGCGCAUUUGCCAUUUGAUUCCUGAGUGGCAUUCUUAUUUAAGUGCUAGGAGUAUAUUUUCUUUUGAAUUGAGCAGCAAUAAUAUAAUGUUAAAAGCUGAAAUACUGUUUGCCAUGGACUGUGCAAUAUCAAAUGGGUUGUGCACUGAAAUCCACUUAAUAUUUGAGCUGUGGUUUUCUGAUCUAUUUUUGCUGUGGUGUUAGCUAAUUUUUUCAAAUGUGUUUUUGUUUUACAGUUCGAAUUAAUAUGAAAGGGAUGUUGUCAAAUGUUAAACAUCACAUUUUAUGGUU